UAUUCAUGUCUCAAGACGCCGGUAACGUCUAUCACUCCAAGAGUCCAACAGUCAACUACAGUACUACUACUAUGCAGUAGUACGUAUUGUGGUGCAUCUUACAUCGUACAUCGUACAUCGUACAUCGCGAAAACAUCUAUACUGCAUACUUCGUAUUAAUUCGCAUCUUCAUUCAAAACUUCACAACCCGAAAUACGAUCCCCAGACAAAGCACAUCGGCAGUUAUCUUGCUUCGGGUCGGACUAUUAUCCUUGCAAUAUCUCGGUCUUCUAAAUACCUCCAUCACAAUGGCGAUCAAUGAUAUUGUCACCGAUCCGAAUCUAUCAACCGUGCUUGAUGCCUCCCGCGAUACCCGUCUACAAGCAUUGAAUCUUGUAGACCAAAUAGCCGCAGCCGGUCCUAUAGAUGCUGCUUCCACCGAAGCCCAACUUGAGAUCUCCAAGCAGCAGAAACUCCUCAUAACCAACCUGGCCCAACUCCGCGGCUUCCACCGAGCAGCCUACUUUGGCGCACGCCAGACCAAAUCCCAGACAUCCGAAGCACGCCAGGAAGUCGACCGCCUGCAUCUGCAACUUCAAAAUCUGUACUACGAACAACGAUAUCUGCAGGGGGAAAUUACGGCUUGCGAGUCAUAUGACCAUACUUACCAACAGCUUCCGCUUAUUCCUCUCGAGGAGUUUCUGGCACUAAAGCCCGAGCAUGCGAACGACGACGAGAACACCCUCAUGAUUGCGCGAAUCGAACACGAACGAAGCGAGCGCGAGGGACUAGAGCAGAAGCGUAACGAGUUUCUUAAGCGAAAACAGAAGCUCAUCGCCGACAACAAGAAGAGAAAAGACGAUCUCGCGAACCUGGAUAAAGAACUUGAAAAGUUCAUCGAUGCUGCCAAACCGAUCCAGAAGCUAUUCGACAAGAACGUUUAACUCGCGCAACCAGACUUAAAAUUUACAUGCUUCGCGAAAUGAGGCUAUCGUAGUACUGAACUUUUUGGUGGUCCCGGCUUCUAAUAAGAUAAUAAUAAUACCGAACAAACCGGCGAACAACCCGGCAUAUGAGGUGAGCAGACCCUCGGAAGCUCAACACAUAUUGCCAUUCUCCUACACUUCCUCAGUCAAGAUGGAUUGAUUAGGGUCGGGACGCUCCCCCAUGAUAUUGCAGGAAUAAAGAUUCCUUGACCAUGGCAG